AUGUCGUAUGUAAAGUGUGCUCCAGAAGAAAUCAUAGAAAGAUUCGAAAGUAUACAUCAAAAAUCAUCUCAAAUUGUCUAUCUUGCAGCAAUAAUUUCCACAUUUAUUACGACAUAUUUUGCUAUAAAAGUUAUCUUUACCCAAUCUUUUUUCGAAAUGUCCACAAAGAUUCUAUUAGUUCAAAACUUAUUUUACACGAAUUUAUAUCAAUUGUUCUACGGAUUUGAAGCAAUUGGAAUGUUGUACAGAAGCUUCUUUCUCACAAAUGAGCCUUGCCGUCUCUUAUCAGCAAGAAAAUCGAUAAAUUUCAGAGUCCGUUUCAAAGUUCGAGCUCGAUUCCAAAAGCAACAGCUGAUCGAGUCAACUGAAGCCAUUUGUUAUUUAACACUUUCCCAGUUUUUGGCAGUCUUUGUAAAUUCAUCGGGUCUUGUGAUAAUGUCCUUUAUCUGGGACAGUAUGUCUAUUCAAUUAUUCUACGCUUUGAUCGUUUGGCUCUAUGCGUUCCCUGUUGUUGCAUUGAUGUUCCCCGUACUUUUGAUUUAUCAAAUUCGAAAAAGUCGAUCGCGGAGAGCUCUGAAGAUUAAAGAAAUUAAGAAUGAGAAACAGACACAAGAUGAUCAUAUUAAGCAGAUGACUGACAUGUGGACUUAA